AUCUUGAUGCACAGUGUUUAACCUUCUACGUUCUCUCCUUUUUUUUUUCUUUUCCAGAAAGCGGUGUUAUCAAAAGAUGAACCUUUCACUGGUGGGUAACAUCACACAACCCAAGAUUUUGCGGGACAGCUUGAGCACAGCAGUGGCUAAGAAUGUGAUAGUGGUUGGUUUGUGCAUCUCCAUCAACUAUAUCAACGGCACGCUCGUCCACACCUUCAUCAAGCAUGAGAUCUUCACCGGAAACCCUCGGUACAUUCUCUACAUUCACAUGGUGUUCAACGACAUGAUUCAGCUGACGAUUGCAGUCAUUCUUCAUGUGUUAAGUUACGCUGUGUUUACUAUCAAUGUCUCUUUCUGCUGUGUUCUGUUGAUGAGUGCUAUAUUCACGACGCUCAACACACCGCUGACCCUCGCCUCCAUGGCUAUCGAGCGCUACAUCGCCAUCUGCAACCCUUUGCGUCACGCUCAGAUCUGUACUGUACGUAAAACACACAUCCUUAUCAGUCUAAUCUGGACCCUGAGCGCCAUCCAGGUUCUUCCAGACCUGUUCAUCCUGCUGGCUAUACAACCGAGGACCUUCUUCUACAGCAAUAUCUUCUGCUACAGAGAUUAUGUGUUCAAUAACCCAUAUAUGGUUGAAAAGAGAAAUGUUGUGUAUAUCAUUUACCUGGCAUUUGUGUGGCUGACUAUAGUGUAUACUUACUUAAAGAUCAUGUUUGUUGCAAAGGCCACAAACUCGGAUGCUCGCAAAGCUCGGAGUACCAUCAUCCUACAUGGAAUCCAGCUUCUGAUGUGCAUGCUGACGUUUGCCGGACCCUUUCUGGACAGGUUGUUGGCGGAAAUGUUUCCGAUGUUGAUUCUGGAGAUGAGAUUUUUAAGUUAUUUAGUAAUCCAGAUAAUGCCCAGGUUUAUCAGUCCUAUUGUGUAUGGCGUGAGGGAUAAAACGUUUUGUAAUUACCUGAAAAAAUACUUAGUGUGUACAAUGUUCGAGAUGAGGACAACUCUCCAACCCAAAAGGAAUUUGGCGAAAGUUUCCAAUAAAUCCACAUGAAGGUUCACUAUAUAACAAUAUUGUAAAAAAGCCGUUGACUUUGUAAGCAACAUUUGUGAAUGAAUCUGAAAGAAAUAUAUACUGCACUACAUGUGCAAUGAGCAUGAUUAAUACAUUGAAAUGUAAUGAAUAAGUGACGCUUUACAGAGGUGAACUGAGACCCCUGUAUUGGCACGCAAUAUUAAACAAAAAGUACCCUGAUGUUUAGUUCAUCUAGAAUGGAUCUUAUCUUGUUUUGCAGUAAAAUGGCAUCCUUAAACCAUGUAAAAUGAAUGAUUAUUUGGAGUGUAUGCGUCGCAGGUGUAUGUGGCAUUUUACAGACAUACUGUAAUAGCAUAAAAAUUGUCAAUGGAAAAAGUGUCUUUAUGAAAAAGUAAAAACACACAUACAAUACAUAACUAAAUCUGAAGAUUCAACCUUUUCCCUUUUCAUAGCUUUUAUGUGGAAACUCCUUUUCUGUGAAUGUUUGUACAAAUAGCCCUUGUACAGAGUAUAAAUAAUAAUCUGUAAUUCUGUCAUUGCAUAUCAGAUCACUGAUCAAUUAGUAUUGUCCUCCCCCACCCACAUUAAUAUGAUCUGCAAUGUUGGUUACACCAGAUCACCAAAAAAAAAAAAAUAUAUAUAUAUAUAUAUUCUGGCGCCCAACCCAUUACUAAAACUCCUGCUGAUUUUACCUCCAUUUAGGAGAAUAUAUAUAUAUAUAUAGGGCUGUCAAUGGAUACAUUUUUUAAUUGUGAUUAAUUGCACACUUAUCGUGAAAUUAAACAUACACCAUUUAU